CUCCCCCUUCCCGCGGCAGCGGCUCGGCCCGAGGGGAAGACGAGCCCGCCCGGGGCAGGCUGAACAUCCCGCCGCCUGAGUUCCCUCGCCGCCGCCGGGGGUCUCGGGAGUCCGCAGCGGUCAAGGGCGCGAAGCCGCGGCUAGGCGGGCAGUCUCCGCACCGCUGCCGCUCCAGAGGCGCUCGGAGCUCCCGAGGGCUCCCUGCCCGGGGCCGCGCUGCACCCCACGCUGCCCGCAUGGACACGGCGCUGAAGCGGGGCCGGCAGGAGGAGCGGCUGGGCGACAUCCCCCAGCCGCCGCCGCCGCCACCCACGGGGGAAGAGGACGAGGAAGAGAUGGAGCCCGAGAUGAUGGAACAGGAGGAUGAAGAGGAGGAGGGGGAGGAGGAGGUGGACCCCCGUAUCCAGGGUGAAUUGGAGAAGCUAAACCAGUCCACAGAUGACAUCAACAGACGGGAAACCGAGCUUGAGGAUGCCCGCCAGAAAUUCCGCUCUGUUCUGGUAGAAGCGACAGUGAAACUGGAUGAACUGGUCAAGAAAAUUGGCAAGGCCGUAGAGGACUCUAAGCCCUAUUGGGAAGCCCGGAGGGUAGCCAGACAGGCCCAGCUCGAAGCCCAGAAGGCGACUCAGGACUUCCAGAGGGCGACCGAGGUUCUCCGAGCUGCCAAGGAGACCAUCUCCUUGGCUGAGCAGCGGCUCCUGGAGGACGACAAUCGGCAGUUUGACUCAGCCUGGCAGGAAAUGCUCAAUCAUGCUACCCAGCGGACCCACAGGCCAUCUGGCUGCCCUGGCUGCUGCUAUCGGGACGGGGUCAUGGAGGCUGAGCAGACCAAGACAAGAAGUGAGCUGGUACACAAGGAGACAGCAGCCAAGUACAACGCUGCCAUGGGCCGCAUGAGACAGCUGGAAAAGAAGCUCAAGAGGGCCAUCAACAAAUCCAAACCUUAUUAUGAACUCAAGGCAAAGUACUACGUACAGCUCGAGCAAUUGAAGAAGAUAGUGGAUGAUCUGCAGGCCAAACUGUCUCUGGCCAAAGGCGAGUACAAGACGGCACUGAAGAACCUGGAGAUGAUUUCUGAUGAGAUCCACGAGAGGAGACGUUCCAGCGCCAUGGGUCCCCGGGGCUGCGGGGUGGGGGCCGAGGGUAACAGCACGUCUGCAGAGGAGCUCUCCAGGAACAAGCCCGAGCUUGACUCAGCUUCCGUGGCCUCGGAGGCAUUGGAAGAUGACAGCUGCAGCAGCUUUGUGUCAGAAGAGGAUUCCGAGACCCAGUCUGUGUCCAGCUUCAGUUCGGGGCCGACAAGUCCUUAUGAGCUCCCGAGCCCGCUCUCUCUCGUCACGAGGCCCGGCAGCCUCGAUCUGCCCAGUCCUAUGUCUCUCUCAGAGUUUGGGAUCAUGUUUCCUGUGCUGGGUCCUCGGAGUGAAUGCAGUGGGGCUUCAUCCCCAGAGUGCGAAGUGGAAAGAGGGGACAGGGCAGAAGGGGCUGAGAACAAGAUGAGUGACAAAGCCAACAAUAACAGGAGUGUUAGCACCAACAGCAGUGGAAACAGCAGCGGCUCUUCCCCUGCAGACCGGAGCCUGGAAAACGAGAUCAAGCAGCUCUCCCUUCAGUUUCCAAAGGGAAAAGAUGGGAUUCUCGGCGACAGAAAAGUGGUGCAGAUCGGCUGAAGGAUCUGAGGAGGCCAGUGCUCAAAGAUCUGAAUAUUUAUAUGUGAAACUCUAGACAUACGGACAGAGUGUUGUGCCAAUAUUUCUUUACUACAUGCCAAAUCUUAAGCAUUUACUCUGAACUGCACUAGGGACAUUUGUGACCCAGAGGGCUGGAUUCAGCUCUGGUUUUCUGCCCGGCAUGACAUCUUGGGUGGGUGGGCAUGGGGGAGUGGACAAGUUGUGAGCUGGACAGGCUUGUCCUCACAUUCCUCCAGCAUCUGUAAAAUACAUCCUUGUUUGAAGCAAUGACAACUUCUCAGAAUACAGCGUGGAACAAGAAAAGGGCUGGGACACCAAGCCUGACCUUGGCAAUUGGAGCAGAGCACUUUGCUCCUUUCUCUUCCUAUAACUGUUUUUGUGUUUUGAAAGAUGAAGCUUCUGUUCCUGAGUAAUCUGGAGUGGGUGGCCCUCCUAAAGGAAAUGAUCUGAAAAUACAGUAAUUAAAAUAUCCAUCACUUUUAGUAUUGUAAGGCAUUAACAAAAUGACUUCCAAAAGAGCCGUUGUCUCUGAGUCACAGAGGCAAGCCCCAGACUUACUAAUCGCCUCUCAUCCAUAGAGAUGACCUGUUAAAAAGGUAAAUGGUGCUCAACAUGGGGCACCCACUUAGAAGCUUUUUCAGUGGCUUUGAGCAAGAUUCCUGGAGAUGAGCACUUUGUGGGCCAGGGGAGACCGGGGUUCACCCAAGUCUAGAUAACUUAUUGUAGUGGGGUAUUCCUGGCUAGACGGGCAGCAUAGCAUAGUCCUUGUGUUGCCAGCCAAGGGGGGGGAGGGGGGGAAAUCCACGGUUUGUUCUUCAUGAGAUGCAUGUGCCAGAGCAGUUGGCCUUCAUGGUAUCUAGACUGGCAGAAGUGUUCAUUUAUCUGUGGGCUGUAACUUUUUCCUUCUCUUUUUAAAAAGCAAUUAUUUACGAGUUAUGCUGCUCUAAGCAGACAUUACAGACACUGUUCCUUCCAGCCUAGAAAAAGGGAGUUUGGCAUGUCUUGGCUGUCCCACAGAAGCAGUGAGGUCGAGUAGUUACGUUCAUAGGCGUAAGCGUAGGAUUGUUCUUUAAAGUUUUGGUGGUUUGAAGUAAAUAAAGCACCGUCGCUGUCCCUCUUUGGUUUGUCUGAGGGGUAUGGGGGGGGGGAGAAACCCAUCACACCCUCAUCAACCACACUCACCCUCAAUCUAUUUCAUGUGAUGGGAUGUCAGUUUGGUUUUUUUGUUGUUACUGUUCCUGCCCUAGCUUGAAUAUCUAGUCAUGUUUGUAAACUUCUUCACACUGGUAAACCUUCAAUUUUUCCUAUUUUUUAUGGACUGAUACGGUAUCCUGAAUUCGAAGUUAUUUUGUACUUGUCUUAAUACCUUGAAUGUAAUAAAAAGAAAAUCUCA